CCGUUAGCAUGUCGGAUGUAGUGCGAGGCCCAGCAGGGAACAACGACUGUCGGAUUUAUGUGGGGAAUCUCCCUCCUGAUAUUCGAACAAAGGACGUGGAAGACGUGUUCUACAAAUAUGGCACAAUUCGAGAUAUCGACCUGAAGAACCGGAGAGGGGGGCCACCUUUCGCCUUUAUUGAAUUUGAAGACCCCAGGGACGCUGAUGAUGCAGUUUAUGGGCGUGAUGGUUAUGAUUAUGACGGCUACAGGCUGCGCGUGGAGUUCCCUCGGAGCAGCAGGGGCUCACGAGGAGCGUUUGGAGGGAUCGGCGGAGCUCCCAGAGGCAGAUACGGACCUCCAUCAAGACGCUCUGAGUACAGGGUCAUUGUUUCGGGACUCCCUCAGAGCGGCAGCUGGCAGGACCUGAAGGACCACAUGCGUGAAGCAGGCGACGUGUGCUACGCCGACGUCUUCAGAGAUGGAAGUGGAGUUGUAGAGUUUGUGCGAAAAGAAGACAUGACCUAUGCUGUUCGAAAGCUGGACAACACCAAAUUCCGCUCGCAUGAGGGAGAGACUGCUUACAUUCGUGUGAAAUUAGACGGUCCCCGCAGCCCAAGUUACGGAAGAUCACGCUCCCGCAGCCGUGGCAGUCGGAGCAGGAGCCGCAGCCCCAGCCCCAGCCGCAGCAGAAGCAGUUCGGGCCGAGGAUCCCCCCGCUACUCGCCUCAACACAGCCGCUCUCGCUCCCGUUCUUAAACCUUUCUACCACCAAUGUUUUUGCUCUUUUGAUGUACACCUUCUUAUUUUUACCUCCUCUGAGUUUCCCCAGAAGUCAGCACUUGAUUUUUUUUUUAUUUCUGC